GAUGCUGUAGCUCACACUACCGCUAGAAGACAAACGCCGCGGUCCUCCCACUUCACCCAAAAAGCUCCGGAGCUCAAGGAAGAGGAACUAUUUUAGAUUUUAAAUUAAAAAACCGAUGAAUGGCACUUUGCCGUGCGCCGGAUUCCAAGCCUGGGAGCGCAUACGAAGAGAAAGGAACACAGUUUUAUUUCAUUUUUUUCUUUCACUGAGACCCGAGGUGGGGGAAAAGACGCAGCAAUGACAGAGCAGCAGUCGUGCGCAGCGGCGAAAUAGACCAAUAGACCAACUAUUGUGGGGAGAUUGAUAACGCAACUGGGGCGAGCGAGGAAAGAGGAAGCUGGCAGAUGUGAAUUUCGGUGCCAGUCGUGUGCUGGAUGGGUUUUUUCCAGCCUGUUCAUCACUCGCCACUCUCCAGAUUACUUGGGGAUCUCGGACGGCUGUCUUUGAGGAGCUCUUGGUGCUGCAGAGACUGAAACGGAGCAGAGAAGAGGGAAAAGCCAUGUGUCGUUGCGCGACAUAGAAGCUCUUUGUGGGUCUGUUUUGCACCGGGGACAGGUGGUGCCGCGUGUGUGUGCAUGCGUGUGUGUGUGUGUGUACGAGCAGGGGGGUGGACACACAACCCCCUGAGACAGUUGUCUUAGGGAUGUCAGGCCGGCGUACGGGAUCAGUUUUUGCCAGAGACAGGUGCGACAGGGAGGAGUAGUUUUCCAAAAGCCCCUGCACAGGAUUCUGGUAACGCACUAACGAGGCUGCUGCUCUCCACACUCUGAUCACUCGGAUUUUUUUUGGGGUGGGGGAUCCACUGGGACACAGAAUUGACUGAUACUGCUGUUCUCUCGGCGGCACCUUUCCCCAGAUAAUCAGAGAAUUCCUCUGUGCUGUUUCGCCAUCGUCCGCGGUCUGCUGGUAGUCUUUUGGCAUGAGCAGAUGUUGGGAUUUCGACUCUCGCCUCUGAUAUGAAUGCUAAAAAUGUACCGCCGGUGGUUUCAGGCAGAUCCUGAGCAGCAGUCAAAGUCGAGGGGAGAAACUUUCUUCUGCAGAGAACUUUUUUUUACGCAGCAGUUUUCUCAACUGAGCUCAGCAUUGAAGAUUACAGAGAAUAUCUAUGAUUUUUUUCACUCUUUAAUCCCCCUUUCAGGUUAAGAAGGUGGAAGAGCUUUAUCUUUGUUCAUGUGCGCAGGAGAGUAAAAGGAGGAGAGAAGUGGAGGUGAUUGGCAAGUUUUUUUACGCACAUCAAGGUCACAUCUCUGGCUCCCGCUCCUCUUGGGGCUGCUUCAGACUCCACAGUUGUGUUGCUAUGGCAGCCGUGGCCCGGCCCUCCUUCUUCUUGCUCUGUUGGCUGCUCCGAACGGCGAGCCCGGCGUUCCCAGAGGAACCGGGGCCCCUGAACUUCAUCCCCACUGAAGUUGUGAGAAGAUACCCGGUGUUUCUGGGCCGGCCGCACAGAACGUGGCUGAGACAAGAACCUCUACACAUCCAGAGGAUCCUCCAGGUCAACCGGACGCUCUACAUCGGAGCCAGGGAUGACCUUUUCCGUGUGGAGUUGGACAUCGUUGCAGGCGAUGAGAUGUUUUACAGCAAAAAAAGGACAUGGGAGUCAAACAAGAAUGACAUCAGGAUCUGCAGGAUGAAGGGCAAACAUGAGGAUGAAUGCCGUAACUUCAUGAAGGUGCUGCUCAGCAGACAAGGAGGCCUGUUUUUGUGUGGCACCAACGCCUUCAACCCACUAUGUGCCAACUACACUGGGGACAAUUUGGAGAUGGUGGGAGACACAGUGAGCGGGAUGGCGAGAUGUCCGUAUGACCCGAAACACGCCAAUGUAGCUCUGUUCGCAGAGGGGAAUCUGUUUACAGCCACAGUGACAGACUUCCUGGCCAUUGAUGCGGUGAUCUAUCGCAGCCUCGGGGACAGUCCCGCUCUGCGCACCGUCAAGCACGACUCCAAGUGGUUCAGAGAGCCAUAUUUCGUCAGCGCCGUGGAGUGGGGACCUCACAUCUACUUCUUCUUCAGAGAGAUAGCCAUGGAGUUCAAUUACCUGGAGAAGGUGGUGGUGUCACGCGUUGCCCGAGUAUGUAAACGCGAUCAAGGCGGGUCGCAGCGAGUCCUGGAGAAACAGUGGACAUCGUUCCUGAAGGCCCGUCUGAACUGUUCUGUACCCGGCGACUCCCACUUCUACUUUAACCUGCUGCACUCUACCAGCCCCAUCAUCAGGAUGCACGGCAGGGACAUCAUCCUUGGGGUGUUCUCCACUCCGGCAAACAGCAUCCCGGGUUCGGCGGUUUGUGCCUUUGACAUGGAGCAGCUGGCUGCAGUGUUUGAUGGGAGGUUUAAGGAGCAGAAAUCACCGGAAUCCAUUUGGACUCCUGUUCCAGAUGAAGUCAUCCCAAAGCCAAGACCUGGCGGCUGUGCUGUUCAAGGAUCCAGGUUUAAUUCCUCCAACUCUUUCCCCGAUGAGAUGCUGAACUUUGUCAAGACUCAUCCUCUGAUGGAUGAAGCGGUCCCGUCGCUUGGACAAAGACCCUGGAUUGUCAGAACGAUGGUCAGGUACCAGCUGAAUAAGAUGGUGGUGGAUACGGAGGCCGGGCCCUAUAGAAACCGCACAGUUCUGUUCCUGGGGUCAAGCAGAGGCACCAUCCUCAAGUUUCUCAUUAUGCCCAACCCGGACAAUACCGUCACCAACAGCAACAUCUUCCUGGAGGAGCUGGAGGGAUUCAACCCUGAUAAGUGUGCUGAAGACUCUCCACAGGCCAGGCAGCUGCUGUCUCUGACUCUGGACAGGGCAAGCCACACUCUACUGCUCGCCUUCCCGUCCUGUGUGGUCAGAGUGCCGGUGGCUCGAUGCCAGCUCUACUCCAGAUGCAUGAAGAACUGCAUCGCCUCCAGGGAUCCAUACUGUGGCUGGACCAGAGGAAGCACCUGUUCUUUCCUCAGACCUGGGACCAGACUGCCAUUCGAGCAAGAUGUUGAACAGGGAAACGUGGCCCACUUGGGUGACUGUGACGGAAUGCUACUCCAAGAGAGUUUCAUUGAGGAGCCUGACGGCCUGGUGUCAGUAAACCUGCUGGUGGUGUCUGCUGUUUCAGCCUUCGCCACAGGAGCCAUCCUCUCCGGCCUCACUGUCUGCUGGAUCAUGAGUCACCGCCACCGGCACUCCCGCAGCUCUGGAGCCAAUGGCGCCCGCCGCAAACGGGACAAAGAGCAGAGCAUGCUGGGACAGGGUCACAGCGGGUCGGUGAUGAGUGUGACAAGAACCAGCGGUGGGGAGAGACGGCGUUCGCAGGCAGACAACCCCUUCGUCACGCCCAACGGUUGGCCUAAAGGAGAGAUGGACCCCGGCCUGCUGCCCACCCCGGAGCAGACCCCGCUGCAGCAGAAACGGGCCAUGCGACUCCCAGACCCAGACUGGGACCAGAGCCAGACCUUCCUCACUGCCGUAGGCACUCCCUGCCCCAACAACUCCGUCAUCUACCUGAGCUCCAAGUUCCUGCACGGAGGUGGAGGGGGUAUGGUCCGGAUAGAGGACCCGGGGGAGGUGGUGCUGCCCCCACACACAGAACGCCAGCGCUACCUGAUCCUCGCCACCCAGAGAGGGGAGCACGGUGGCAGUCGUCCCACCGGCAAUCUGAGGAACUCAGCGGGCGAAUACAUCUACCCCGCCACGCCGCAGGAUUCCCCCGACCGGCGGAGGGUGGUUUCCGCUCCCACUCCCCACAUGGACUAUGGGGAGCCUCGCUGGAGUCACGAGGCACUCAACUACAACAGCAACAAUGGAGCACCCUAUCACCCUCAGCGCCAGGGCCUCAUCAGGCCAGACAUGCAUGGGCCUCGAGGGCUGGGAGAACUGGCUGACUUCAGUCAUCUUCUAGGAAAGAACAUGGGAGAGCGCACCCCCAGUGGCCAGUGAGGUGAUGGACGUGAAGCCUGACACCGAGCUCUCUCUAAAAACCCAUUCCCUCCAACAGUAAACUGGAAUAAAUCAACCCCUCAGACUCACUGUUCCGGUCAAACCUUACCCUGUCUGUCCUCUCUCACUGUCAUUCAAUGUUCUGACGUCAUUCAGCUGACUGAAGAGAGAGACACAGAGAAAAAGAAACAUAGAGUUGAAAAAGAGGAGAAAACUCUCCUUGCGUCCCCUGUUUCUGAUCUGUCAGUGGUACCACCCACAGAGCGUGACUUUGACACCACAGGACAAACAGAAAGGUAAAAAUAGAGGGAUGCAAAAGGAAGGGGAAUCUUCUUUAAAGGACACUGUGGAGAUUUUUUAAAAAUGACAAUUUUGCUCGCAGCGCCAAAUGUGAAAGGUCUCCCUCCACCAAUUUGUUCACUGUUUUGACACCAUGGAUCUUCUUUGAGUGUGAAAUUUAGUUUCUGCUUUUGUUUUUUUUUCUCGUGCCAGUGGCAUCCAGCAGACAACAAUGUGCUUUACUUUGAAUUUCAGAUGACACUAAAAACUGUUGUAGCUGUGCCAGAGGGCAGUGACUCUCGAUGAAUCAUGCAGUGUGUUUGUGAUCGUGUGUGUGUGUGUGUGUGUGUGUGUGUGUGUGUGUGUGUGUGUGUGUGUGUGUGUGAAUGAAGGUGUGGCCACAACAACCCCAACCAGCGUCCUGGCUUAACUGUGAAGCAUAACUAUAUAAUGAAGUUGGUGAUAACAUUGUUUUUUGUUUUCUUUUAUAAACAAUCAGAGAGACAAAAGAUUUUUAUUAUAUGUCUACUUGAAGCUCUUAUGUGUUUACCAAUCAGAGGUUUGGAUGGUGGCAACUGGUUUGAGCUGAGGAGAGCAAUAAUAAGCAAAAAAGGACAAAGAUGAAGCCAAUUUAAUUAGAUAUUUUUGAUAGUAUGGCUGUCUUCUCGGCAAAGCAAACUGAAGCUUCGAGACGUCAGGACAAGCAAAGCUCUGGGAAAAAAGGAACCGUAUCUCCCCCUCCACUCCUCUUCCUCCCCCGCUGCCUCUCAGUAUGCCCGGGUCUGUGUGACCUGGCUGGAGGCCUCCCUGGGCUCCACGGCCCAUUUUGAAGGAGGGAAUGUGAGCUCUGGCUGUCUGGCUAUCUGACUGAGGCUGUGAGGCCCCGGCCGCUUGGGAGCUCCAUUCAGCCUCUUCUGCCCGACACUGAGCCUCUUUGUGCCCCCAGAAGCAGGAGGAGACUGCGGCAACAAAUAGCCGUUAAGAGUCAGGGACCUAGCCCACCGCCACAGCCUCGCAGAAUAUCAAUGAGGAGGACACCAGCUACGUCCGUCAUGCGAGAUACGCCAACCAGACCCGGGGCAUCUCUCGAGGUUUCACCCACGCUAGCAUUUGACUGUGGUUUGCCAGGGCAGGGAGGAGCUGAAGGGCAGAAUCUGUGGGGCUGAGGCCGAGGUUGGGGGCACUGCUAACCGUCACAAUCCCUUGUGGCUUUCUCUCUUUCUGUCUUUCAGUGUGUUUCCCAACGAAAGCGGGAUAAAGAAAACAGAUGGGCAUGGGUAUACUAGGGUGUGGAGUUACUCUUUCACUCUGUUGUCUGAUCUUUUGGUGUUGUCUGAUUUUUUGUGUGUCUGCGCUCAUCCAUUCUUGAUUCAAAUGUAGAUCCACAGAUAGCUUUAGUUCAUCUGGGUCAUGGUUUAGUAAAGACGGCGCUUUUGUGUGUGUGCGUGUGAGUCUCUUAGGGCUUGUAUAUAUGAAUGUGUUACUCAUAUUGAGUGCAAAACCAGCUUUGAUCAAAUUUACACUUGUUCUUAUCUGUCUUCUUUUCUUCCCACCCUGUUCUUUGCUCUAUUGAACCAUUAAUGGCUGUAUAACACUUGAAAAUGCAUGCUUACAGAGUCAGAUCCUUGCACAGGAGCAGAAUACGCUAUACAAUACAUUUCAACCAUUAUACUGCACACAAAGAAGUGCAGUUAGAAAUGGAGAAGCUGCUCCUCCUCACUUGAUAGAUACUAUCAAUACACUCAAGACACAAUUCUGAUACUAAAAAACAGUGAGUUAAGAAAAAUGUGGCUAACAAAAAACUAUUUUCCAUUUGAGACAGCUAUAUUGAAUAUUUUCGUAUUAACAGUUGAAUGCAUGUGACAAACAUUUUCAAAUGAGCAGUUUUGGUUUUCCAGCUCAAAAAAUGUAUUGUUUUGCUUCUACCCCAGUCAUUAGUUUCUGCAGCAGCCAGCUAUCGUCUUACACAUUAGACAUAUUUUAUACCUUAAUUUGAGAAGUAUAAUGAUCUUUUUGCAUUUAACACUAUAACCCAAAGCCAUGAAAUCAGUAAAAGCUAAAUGCGCUCUGUUUUAUCAAGCUUUCCCCCUAAUAAAACAGUGCAAGUUUGUCAAAAUUUAGAUGUGAAUGAACUGUCUGAUCAGAGGGAACGAGUAAACAAGAGCAUAAAUCUGAAAAACACUCGACACCGGCUGACAGUUUUCGAUACAGUUCCACGAGCACAUUUCUGUUGAGGUUUAAUUCCCCGGCCCUAACAAAUGUGCAGCCAGAGCUGAGGGUAAUAUAUGAGACAAGCCAGUGAAAGAGAUUUAUAAAAGCAAGGACGGAGAGGGCAGGUCAGGCAGGCGAACGUGAUGUUACUGCAUUGCAGCCUCGCCACAUUAGUACAGUGUAUUCUUCACACAUUCCAGCCUGAAACAGGUCAUUAGUAUUGAGGAUACGGAGCUCUCCAUCUCUGCCAUGGCCUGAGUGCUGCGUGUCUGUUUUGUGUGUGAAUGAGGCCUCUCUGUCUCGGCCGGCGUGCCCAGCCAGCCGUGUCCUCGCUCCGCAUCUCCUCCGGUGUUUCACUAAACAUGCUUGAUUAGGCAAAGUACAUUCCCGGCCCUUUAAAUGGACUGAUGAGCCCCUGAGAAGAUUACUACAGACACAUCAGCCCUGAGAGGGGAGGUUCAACCAGCUCUUUUUUUCCUUUUUACCACCAGCCAGCCAUACACAUACAUGCACACACAAAUAGGCCCCUUCAAACCAAAUUUGGGAUGCAAUUGAAUAAAGAUCUGAAAUGGAGCUCACGCCUGAACUAGCCCGACCGGUUCUAGGAAGGAAAGAUACAGUACAUGAUGUUAUCUUGCAGACUGCAUAAUUUGAUUACCUUAGUUCAACAUUACAAGGCAGCUAAAGAAUUCAGGUGGAAGUCGGUGCGUUUAUUAAAGCCAUCAUCCUCCCCGUUUUCUUUACAUACUUCAUGUCAUUCCUGUUCCUCCUCAAACAGCUGCACUCUGUCUUCUCUCAAGCCCCUUUUGUUGCUAACAGAAUAUCUCAUGUGGGUUUUCAUUGUGUUUGUCACUAUUAAAGGUGAGCUGGUUAAUUUAAUGAGUCAGAAACAGAAAUCAAAGUAACCCCCACUUUAUUUCACAUCAAAUCCUUAAUGCGUAACAGCUUUUUUUUUUUAUAGACAUUUUCGAAGCCUCUCAUGCGGUAAAUUGCUUUCCUGUGCUUAGAAGUGAUUUUGUUUGGAGUUUUUUGUGUGUGUUAAUGUAGCAUAUAUUGCCUCCAGUCCUGCACACACACAAACACACAACACACAUUCUCCAUCUUUAUCUCUAUUCUGCACGUAGCGACAUGAAAUUCCCACCCAGACUUUGUGACCCAGUCUGUCUCCCUUUGUUUUUAUUUAUCAUGUUGUGUGCUUGCUGAAGAGACCAUGCCUUUGUGUGUUGGGGUUGUUUGUGUCGUGUGGCCCAGUGAUGCGAUGCCCCCCCAGCCAAUGACUGCCAUUUUGCGCUACGGCGCUCCACCGUGCUGUUUGAGCUUUAUGCCCCAGAAAAGAAAAAAAAGUCCAGAUAAAGGGAGACUAACUUGCAUUCAAUCCAACAAGGAAGUAGAGAAACUGCUUCCUUCCAAGCCAACGUGUGAGAAGACUUUUUAAAAAAAAGCACAAAAAUAAGGCGAAAACAAAGUCAACAUUUGCAUUUUUGUAAAGUUGUAGAUGUAUUUAGUCAGCACUGAUCAUUUUUUGUCAUGUUUGUUUUUUCUAUCGUUUGUUUCUGUGGUAGAUAUUUGGUUUUGGACUUUCUAUGGAAUAUUAUUGUGUAUGAUUUCAAGUUCAAUUCUCUGGUGUGCCGGAUUUGAUGACGACAAUGAACCUGAUGACUAUCAUGAUCAAUAUUACAAUGGAGCAGUACUGUGAGCAGCACCGAGGUGUUAUGGUUCCUGUUCGAAUCAGACGGGAGUUUAAGAGGAGGAAGAGGAGGAGGUGGAGUGAAUUAACCUAUAAAGACUGAGGUUGAAAAGGAGGUUUUUCUCCUGCAGAGUGGAGUCUCCUGCUACUGUGAAGGACCCUCGCUGUCCAGAGGCCAGACCUCCCCCGACCCAGUCACUGCGGAGGCCUUGGAGGCUGUCGGGCUGUCAUCAGAUGACAACACAUGUCCCUACUACGUGUACAUAACCUUAAUGCUUACAUGUAAUUUAAGUGCAGUAGCUGCAUGACGACACAGCCUCUGUGUGUGUACAGAAGUAGCGACGUGUGAAAUUUGUACAGUACAUGCAAGUGUGUGUGCUCGUGUCCGCGAAGAAAUCUGUCUGUCGUCACGCAAAAAAAGCAACACAUGCAUGCACCCUCCGACAACUGCACAGCACACAACACACACUGAACACACACAUGCACACGUGCACACACACACUCCAGCAGUUGUUCACCAUUCUUCACAUUGUCCUGAGCUCUGCCUGUCACUCCUCAUGGAGACUUUGCUCUGUGUCAACUUUCUUAUUCUAAUAAACCACUCAGACAUUGA